AUGCCGCCUCGACUCAACCUCUUCGCGGCCAACAAGGCCGUCUCGGCCCUGCGCCAAUCCACCACUCCCGCACUGCCUUCUCCCCGGAGCAUCGCCAGCCCGGUCCGAUCCCACGCCGUCCAGUCACUACCCAUCCAGCGCCGAUGGAACUCUUCUCGCGAUGGCUCGAAGAAGGAGCCCCAGCCCAACGAGCAGACUUUCCCGACUGCCGAUCAGCUGCCCGAUGUUAGCAAGGAGGCCAGCGAAAUCUCCCGAAUUAUGGAUAAGGAAAAGCGCUGUGAUGGUAUUCCUUCUACUCCGGAGUUAGAUCAGGGGUCGCCUGUCGAGGAGGUGAGCAAGAAUUAA